AUGAUUAUCGAAGCAAAUUCUUUAGCAGAGGAAUUACGAGGUGUUUCAAGGUACGAAAAAGUAUAUCAAAAAAAUUUUAUUUAGGUUGCUUAUGUAUCAAUUUUUAUGAUUGGAUUACUUAUAAUCAAAACUGAUGAUGCAUAUAUUACUUGUUAAAGUUCAAAUGAAUUUUAAGAAAUAAUUUGGGAAAUGGGUUUGAUACCCUUGGCCUUUGUGGGAGAUAUAACUAAAAAUAUGAAUAUAAAUAUUUUUGUUGUUGGAUUAGUUCAAUUUUUGGUCUGCCAAUUAAGGCUUCAAUUUACAAUAAUUUAUUUACUCUACAAGAUAUUAGGGCAAGGCAAAAUGGUAUUUUCAUGAAUCUAUUUAAGAGACUUAUAGCUUUCUUUAUCUUAUACCAUUGAUAACAAAUGCAAUAUUACCUCAUUAAAAAUUAUUAUUUGGCUUUGCAUAAUUUAUAUUGGUAUUAUUAAUCAUAAUGUUAAAUAAAACACUAUCGUAAGAGAAAUAAAUUAAACCAAAAAUUAAUUUAAAGUUUUAUAUAAGUAGAUUGAUAGCUUGUAUUAUAUUAAUGCAAAAAUUGGAUAUGGUUAAUAGUAAUUUUUAUGAAAAUCAAGUUAUCUUUAUGAGUAUCAUUUUUAAAUAUUCAUUUAGUUCUAAGUUUACCUAUGGUUAAAUUAUUAACCAAUUAAAUACCAGAUAUAGUAUUUGGUAUGUUGUUCUUGAUUUACUUUUACUUUAGUAAAGGAUAUCCAUUUUUAGAAAAUGUUUUGCAAUGUGUACUUAUCUGUUUUGUAAUUUUAAAACUCUUGCCUGUAAUAAUGGAUUAAAAAUUUUCAAGUAUUUAAAUAUUUUAAUAUGAAUAGUGACAAUUUCAUUACUUUUGCCAAUAAUAAUAUUGAUAUUUCCGUUGUCAGAGUAUUUUAAUGUACUAUUGAUAUUGUUAACAAUAAGUGAGCCACCAUAAAAUUUAUAUGAGUAGAUUGAAUUAUGA